GCUCUGGAUCCUAAAGCGGAUUGCCUCUAUCGCCAUGGCGGCCGCAGACGAGCCCAAGGGCGAGGUGGUGCCGAAGCCCGUGGUGGUCAGAGUUUGCAGCCACGCGCACCUCGAGCAGUACGAUGGCCUUCGAAAGUCAGUGAGUUUCAGCCAUCGGAAGUUUAACCCCCACAAGCUCCCACCGGACAUGCUCCGGGUCUACACCUCUCUCAAGGAGAGGUUCGAUGAGGAGUAUGCCUUGCUCUUCGUUUUCAACAUGCAAACGGCCAUGGAGAUGCAUCGUGCAUGGAACAUGACCUUAUUGACCACCAGGACCUUGAAGAAAUGCUCAGAGAUGGUCGGGCUGAACAUGACUUGGGAGUUGGGCGUGAUCAAGCUGAAGUUCUUCAUGGAGGACGGAGACUUCGAGCUGCAGCGCAAGGUGCCCUACGACUACGACUCGGAGUUCCAGGACAUGUUCAUGAGGAUCGCCGCGGCCCUCUACAAUGGACACAUGACGGUGCAUGAGGCCCUCCUCUUCCAAGAGGAGGCCAAAGAAGGGAAGCACACCGCCAAGAGUGGCCUGUUCAUCCGCGACUACCCCGGCCGGCUCAUCGUGCUGCCGGCCAUGUCGUCCACCUGCGCCGUCAUCUUCUUCGGCGGCACAGAGACUUGGAAUAAGAGCAAAGGAGUUGUUUGGAGCUUUCACCGGGCGCGGGUUCGCUUCGGUCCUAGUUGCUGGCUCGCUUCGGUCCUAGUUUUCAUCUCGCUUCGGUCCUAG